CACACUUCUGUCUCUCGGUCUAAAAUCGAUGAGUGAUUGGCUUUCUUGAUUAUUAAAGAUAUUGGGAGUCUAUUAACGUGCUCCCUGAAGGGGUUCGUCAUGGCCUUGAAAAGGAGAAGGGCAACAUCCCCCUCUAGCAGUGUGAGUGGAGGAGAUUUUGACGAUAACCAGACUUCAUCGUUAGUGUCUUCAAUUGGGAGAAAGAGGAGAAGGACCUCAAACAUUCCUACUGUGGACCCUAUUGCUGUCUGUCAUGAACUGUACAACACAAUCAGAGAUUACAAGGAUGAUCAGGGUAGGAUGUUGUGUGAGCUUUUCAUCAGAGCACCCAAACGGAGGAAUCAACCGGACUAUUAUCAUGUUGUAUCUCAGCCUAUCGACAUGAUGAAGAUCCAGCAGAAAUUAAAGAUGGAGGAGUAUGAUGAUGUUGAACAACUCACUAGUGACUUUCAACUGUUGUUCAACAAUGCAAAAACAUACUAUAAGUCGGACAGUCCUGAGUACAGAGCAGCCUGUAAACUUUGGGACCUUUACCUGAGAACCAAGAAUGAAUUUGUUCAGCGGGGCGAAUAUGAUGAUGAUGAUGAAGACGGGUACGAUGCACAAGACAACCCCGGAGGCUCCACUGAGGAUGAGAGUGCACCCACCUGCUUGAAAGAAGUCCUCGAGCAGCUCCUUGAUGCCGUGGUGUCUUACACUGAGCCCACAGGCCGUCUGGUCAGCGAGCUUUUUCAGAAGCUACCCUCCAAAAUGCAAUACCCAGAUUAUUAUGCCAUCAUUAAGGAACCAAUAGAUCUGAAAAUUGUGGCUCAAAAGAUCCAGUUAAAUCACUACAGGAGCGUUAGUGCCAUGGCUAAAGAUAUAGAUUUGCUGGUCAAGAAUGCCAAGACGUAUAAUGAGCCUGGAUCGCAAGUGUUUAAGGAUGCAAAUACCAUCAAAAAGGUUUUUGCACAAAAGAAGUCUGAGGUGGAGCAUGGAGAGCCAAUCAAGUCCAGCAUUCGUAUCAGGAAUAGAAGGUCUGCUCAGGGGGACCGCCUCUCAGCUAUCACCAUGGCUCUUCAGUAUGAAAGUGAUGAGGAAGGCAUUCUCUCCGGGUCUGUCCACUAUGAUGAGGGUGAAUCUGAAGCAGAGAGUAUGACCUCUAACAUGGACAUGAGUAAUCCCAUCUUCCAGCUGUAUGAGGCGGUGCGAGGGGCCAGGAACAGCCAGGGCCAGCUGAUCUCUGAGCCUUUCCUGCAGCUGCCCUCCAGGAAGGACUACCCCGACUACUAUCUCCAGAUCAAUCAGCCCAUCUGCCUCCAUUUGAUCAAGAACAAGAUGAAGAACAAUGAAUAUGAGAGCGUGGAGCAUGUCGACUCUGAUCUGAUGCGGAUGUUUGAGAAUGCCAAACGCUACAAUGUUCCUCACUCCUCAAUCUACAAGCGUGCACUCAAACUCCAACACAUUCAGCAGAUGAAGAGGAAAGAGCUCUUACGGAGAGAUGAUGAUGAUGGAGACAGCAUGCUCUCCUCUGCAACGUCUGACACCAGCAGCACAAAAAGAAAAAGUCACAAGAAGAAUACGAAGAAAAACCGAAUGAAAGCUCUUUUUUCCGCCGUGGCUGAGGCACGAGAAGCUGGCACUGGUCGGAGGCUUUGUGACCUCUUCAUGGUCAAGCCCUCGAAAAAGGACUAUCCCGACUACUACAAGGUCAUCCUGGAACCGAUGGACCUCAGGACCAUUGAACACAACAUCCGCUCAGACAAGUACAUGACUGAAGAUGCAAUGGUGGAGGAAAUGAAGCUGAUGUUCCGCAAUGCUCGACACUACAAUGAAGAAGGCUCUCGGGUCUACAACGAUGCUGACGUCCUAGAGAAGAUUAUGAAAGACAGACGCAAGGAUCUUGGGCCAGCAACAGAUGAUGAUGACAUGAUAUCUCCAAAGUUGAAAAUAAGAAAGAACAGCAUUACUUUGAAGAAGUCCAAGUACUUAACACCCUUGCAGCAGAAGCUGAAUGAGCUCUAUGAGGCUGUCAAGAACUUCACAGAUAAGCGGGGCCGUCGCCUCAGCACAAUAUUCCUGCGGUUGCCGUCUCGGGCCGAGCUGCCUGACUACUACAUCGCUAUCAAGAAACCUGUUGACAUGGAGAAGAUCAAAAGCCACAUGUUGGCUAACAAGUACCAGGAUGUGGAUGCACUGGUGGAGGACUUGGUGCUCAUGUUCAACAAUGCCUGUACUUACAACGAGCCCGAGUCUCUGAUUUACCGAGACGCUCUCAUGCUGCACAGGGUGCUACUGGUGACCAGGCGUGACCUGGAGGGAGGAGAUGACGCCCAUGUGCCGGAUGUACCACGGCUUAUUCAGGAACUUGUCCGCAGCCUCUUUGUUUCCGUGCUCGGUCACCAAGAUGACGAGGGCCGCUGCUACAGCGAUUCACUUGCAGAGAUACCUGCCAUAGAUCCCGCAAAUCCUGAGAAGCCACCUCUGAACUUUGAGAUUAUCAGGACCAAUGUAGAUCGAGGGCGUUAUAAGAGACUGGAUGUGUUUCAGGACCACAUGUUUGAAGUGCUGGAAAAGGCCAGACGCUUGAAUAGGACAGAUUCCGAGAUCUUCGAGGACGCUGUGGAACUGCAGCAGUUCUUCAUCCGGAUCAGAGAUGAGCUGUGUAAGAACGGAGAGAUCUUGAUGUCUCCUGCUCUCAGCUACACCUCCAAACAUCUGCAUAGUGAUGUGGAAAAGGAAAAGAAAGAAAAGCUCCCCAAGGAGUUUGAGGAGGACAAAAUCAAGCGGGAAGAGGAAAAAAGGGAAGCUGAGAAGAGAGAGGACUCAGUUGGAGGAUCAUGGCAGUCUAACCUGCAGCGCACAUACAGUCAGGACUGCAGCUUCAAAGACAGCAUGUACCACGUGGGAGACUAUGUGUAUGUGGAGCCUGCAGAGCCAAACCUCCAGCCUCAUAUCAUCUACAUUGAACGCUUGUGGCAAGAUGACACUGGUGAGAAGUGGCUCUAUGGCUGCUGGUUUUACAGGCCAAACGAAACGUUCCAUCUGGCCACAAGGAAGUUCUUGGAGAAGGAGGUUUUUAAAAGCGACUAUUACAACAAAGCUCCUGUCAGCAAGAUUCUGGGCAAAUGUGUGGUCAUGUUUGUGAAGGAAUACUUCAAACUUCAUCCAGAAGGCUUCAGAGCUGAGGAUGUUUAUGUCUGUGAGUCGCGCUACUCUGCCAAGUCCAAGUCCUUCAAGAAGAUCAAGAUGUGGACCAUGCCCCUGAGCUCAGUUCGGUUUGUUCCCAGAGAGGUUCCCCUACCUGUCGUCCGUGUAGCCUCCAUGUUUGCUCCCAAACAAGAGGAGAAACAACCUGAGGUGGUGGAUGAAAUCAAAAUGACAGAUGGUCUUGUAGACAAGGAGAGGGAGGAUGUCCCCAUGGAUAUGACCAAUGGGGAGCCGGGUUGUCAGUACUACGAGCAGCUCUGCUACAACAACCUGUGGCUGAAAGUAGGAGACUGUGUUUAUAUUGGUUCACAUGGACUAGUGCGCCACCGAGUGGGCAGGAUUGAGAAAAUGUGGAUGCGAGACGGAGCAGGCUACUUCUUUGGUCCAAUCUUCAUCCAUCCAGAGGAAACAGAGCACGAGCCCACUAAAAUGUUCUACAAGAAGGAAGUGUUCCUUAGCAACCUUGAGGAGACUUGCCCUAUGACCUGCGUCAUAGGGAAGUGUGUGGUGUCGUCCUUCAAAGACUACCUUUCCUGUCGGCCAACUGAAGUGCUUGAGGAGAACGUACUGCUCUGUGAGAGCCGCUACAUCGAGAGUGAGAAGCAGAUGAAGAAGUUCAAGGGCCUGAAGCGCUUCUCACUCUCUGGGAAAGUGGUUGAGGAUGAAAUCUACUAUUUUAGGAAGCUCAUAGUGCCUCAGAAGGAGCCCUCCCCUCUGCUGGACAAAAAAAUUGAGGAACUGGAGGCCAAGUUUGCUGAUAUGACAGAUGAGGAGCUAGAGGAUCUUGGGGAUGAUGAUGGCGAACUAGGGGACCAGUCUCACUCUCGGAGGCACUCUUCCAUGUCUAGUGACAUGGAUAUCAUGCCCUACACUCCGCCGCAGUCCACACCAAAAUCCAUAAAGGGCCUUUCAAAGAAGGAGGGCUCUAAGCGGAAGAUCAAUAUGAGUGGCUACAUCCUGUUCAGCAGUGAGAUGCGGGCGGUCAUCAAAGCCCAGCACCCAGACUUCUCCUUUGGGGAGCUCAGCCGCCUCGUUGGCACAGAGUGGAGAAACCUAGAGGGUUCCAAGAAAGCAGAAUAUGAAGAGCGAGCAGCUAAAGUAGCAGAGCAGCAGGAGCGUGACAGGGCCCAUCACCAGACGUCGCCUAGAGCAGGUACCCCAGUAGGGGCACUGAUGGGGCUGGUCCCUCCCCCAAUCCCCAUGGGGAUGCUAAAUCCCAGCAUGACGCCUGUGUCAGCUAUGAUGGGUGUAUAUCGGUCAGCUAUGAUGCCCCCGCAGGGAUACGUUGAAGGCAUGGUUAGUAUGACUGGCAUGCCACCACAUCACAUGGGGGUGCCUGUCUUUCCCCAACAUCUCCUGCCUGUUAUGCCUGGGUUUCCUGGAAUGCCUUGCUUUGGUGUCAAUGGCAUAGGAGGUGGUCAUGGAGCAGGAAACAGCCAAGGAUCUCAGGGUUCGAUGGGCCAAGGGCAGCAGGCUCCCCCACCUUACCCAGGACAAGGCCAGAUGGGACAGCCUGCGCACCAGCAGCCCUCGACCCCCAUGUUCGUGUCCCCACCAGCCAAAUCUCAGCGGCUGCUCCACUCUGAGGCAUACCUCAGAUACAUCGAGGGCCUUACUGCAGAGUCUUCUACCAUCAGCAAGUGGGACCAAGCUCUUUCAGUUCAAAAACAAGAUGUGCGUCUCACUAAAGAGCAGGAGAGCAGACUACCAUCCCACUGGCUAAAGAGUAAGGGGGCCCACAAGACAAUGGCAGAUGCACUUUGGCGACUCCGUGACCUGAUGCUGCGAGACACCUUAAACAUACGCCAGACGCACAACCUGUAGCAUGCUCGUAUUCUGAGCCUCUGUUGCCACUGUUCCUGUGAGACAGGACGAGGGUCAAGCUCACUAAAAGUGUUAACUUUGUGUUGUCGUUUAAAAAUGUGUUUGUAGUUUUAAAAGCUCACUGUGUUUGAAGCUUUUUUUUGUUUUACAUUUCAGAUAUAUUGUUCAAAGUGCAUUAUUGUUAAUGCCUGUCAUUCUGUGAUGAAUGCCUUCAUGCUUUCACAAUUAAAAUGUGAAGAGCUCAA